GAGAUCAGCAAAAUCUCGAAGCAGAAGUCCAUAUUCAUCAAGGCACUCGAGGUCUCGUAGCAGACACAGAUUGUCUAGGUCCAGAAGUCGUCAUUCAAGUAUUUCUCCUAGUACAUUGACUCUGAAGAGUAGCCUGGCUGCUGAGCUGAACAAAAACAAAAAAGCAAGAGCUGCUGAGGCAGCCAAAGCCAGUGCAAAAGCUUCCAAUACUUCAACACCUACGAAGGGAAACACUGACACUGCUGUAAGUGCACCUCAAGUGAACAAUGUAAAGGACCUGAAAAAAAUAAAAACUGAGCAUACACCUUCUCCUACAAGCAGCGCAAAUUUGAAAAAUGACAAGGCAAAAGCAAAGGUCUCACUUCCUGAAACAAAAGGGGAAAAUAAUUUAAUUGCAGACAAAAUUACUAAACAGAAACCUGCAGCAGUAAAAGAGAAUAAAUUAACUGUUGUGAAACAGCCACCAGUUGCUGUAAAAGAGAAAAGCAAACCGAGUACCCCAAGUGUAGUAACCAAGGAGAAGGACCGAAUUGUUGCACUACCAACCUCCACACUGCCACCCUUGCCUUUGCCUCCCACGCUGCCUGAAGAUAAAGAAACUGAUAGUUUGCGAGAGAAUCUUUCUGUGAAGUCAGUUAAAGAAGCAGAGAAGAAACUUCGCCAUCUGCUUGCAGACUUGCCACUUCCACCUGAGUUGCCUGGAGGAGCUGACUUAUCCAAAAGUCCUGAAGAAAAGAAACCAGCAGUUCAGUUACACAGCAAGAGAAGACCAAAAAUAUGUGGACCACGGCAUGGUGAAACGAAAGAAAAAGAAAUAGACUGGGGAAAGCGCUGUGUGGAUAAAUUUGAUAUCAUUGGUAUUAUUGGUGAAGGCACUUACGGACAAGUUUACAAAGCCAGAGAUAAAGACACAGGGGAAAUGGUAGCACUAAAGAAAGUACGCCUGGAUAAUGAAAAGGAAGGGUUUCCAAUUACAGCUAUUCGGGAGAUUAAGAUUCUUCGACAGCUUAAUCACCAAAGCAUUAUCAACAUGAAGGAAAUAGUGACAGAUAAGGAAGAUGCUUUGGACUUCAAGAAGGACAAAGGUGCAUUUUACCUGGUAUUUGAAUACAUGGACCAUGACUUGAUGGGACUGCUGGAAUCUGGUUUGGUUCAUUUUAAUGAAAAUCAUAUUAAAUCCUUUAUGAGACAGCUGAUGGAAGGCUUGGCCUAUUGCCAUAAGAAGAACUUUUUGCACAGAGAUAUCAAAUGUUCAAAUAUUCUACUAAAUAAUAGAGGGCAGAUAAAGCUUGCAGAUUUUGGGCUCGCUCGGCUGUACAACUCUGAAGAAAGCCGACCAUAUACCAACAAAGUUAUUACACUAUGGUAUCGGCCUCCUGAACUUCUGCUUGGAGAAGAAAGAUACACGCCAGCUAUCGAUGUCUGGAGCUGUGGCUGCAUUCUGGGUGAACUUUUUACAAAAAAGCCAAUAUUUCAAGCAAAUCAAGAACUUGCUCAACUGGAACUUAUAAGCCGAAUUUGUGGGAGUCCUUGUCCAGCAGUGUGGCCUGAUGUUAUAAAAUUAGCUUAUUUCAACACAAUGAAACCAAAGAAGCAGUAUCGUCGAAAAUUGAGAGAAGAGUUUGCUUUCAUCCCACCAGCUGCUUUAGAUUUAUUCGAUUAUAUGCUUGCUCUGGAUCCCAGCAAGCGCUGCACAGCUGAACAAGCUCUUCAGUGUGAGUUUUUGCGAGAUGUGGAACCAUCUAAAAUGCCUCCUCCAGACCUUCCUUUGUGGCAGGAUUGCCAUGAGCUGUGGAGUAAGAAACGCAGAAGACAGAAGCAGAUGGGCAUGACUGAUGACUCAACAGCAGCUAAAGUCCCUAGGAAGGAUCUGUCUCUAGGCAUGGAUGAGAGCAGAACUAACACCCCACAAGGCAUGCAAACUUCUUCCCAACUCAAAACUCAGGGCAACUCUAGUGUAGCACUUGGUCACACUGGACAGCAGUUAAACCAGAAUGAAGUGGCAAUCCUGCUAAACCUGCUACAGUCUAAAACAAGUGUUAGUUUGGCACAGUUUGCCCAAGUGUUGAAUAUUAAGGUAAACCCAGAGACUCAGCAGCAACUAAAUAAAAUAAAUCUUCCUGCUGGAAUUUUGUCAGCAGGUGAAAAACAGUCAGAACAGCAGCAGCAGCAGCCGCCGCCGCCUCCGCCACCACCGCCGGAACAGGAGCCUCUAAAACAGCCGACUGUCACACAGCCUCCUGUACCGCCUGCUCAGCUGAGUCAGCCUAAAGUUGAGACUGACGCUGCCCAGGCAGCCGUGCAGAGUGCAUUUGCUGUUCUGUUGUCUCAGUUAAUAAAGGCUCAGCAAACAAAACAAAAAGAUUUUGUGCUGGAGGAGAAGGAAAACGGAUCAGGAAAUGAAAUGUCAUUACAGCUCAGGCAGCCUCCAGAGCCCACCACUCCUGUGUCUGUCAGCCGGGACGACGUGGAAUCUCCGGCUCCUGGCUACCCACAUCUGAUGAAGUCAUUAUAUACGUCUGCAGGUCAAGAGGAUUUGGUUAGGCAGUCCGAGAUGAGGCUUCUAAACCGAACACCCGAACAAGAACGCCCUCGGAUCUUGCCUCCAGACCAGCGUCCCCCAGAGCCACCGGAGCCUCCGCCUCUCACUGAUGAAGACCUUGAUUAUCGGACAGAGAACCAGCAUUUGCCUAUAACUAACUCUUCAGGAACAGAUCCUCACGCAGGAGUGAAAGCAGCUCUUCUGCAGCUGCUUGCUCAGCAUCAAGCUCAGGCGACAACAGAGGAGCCAGUACAAACGAGUGUGGAUUAUCAGGCUAGAGACUCCUAUGUAACAGGCCCAGACUACAAGGAUAACUUCGGAUCAUCUUCCUUCUCAUCUGCCCAUUAUGGCAGUAGCGAUGGAAUAGGAAGCGGAUCAUCAGGAGCAUUAGAAAGGAGGAGCUUCCUUGGAAACUCGGAUAUUCAGUCUUUGGAUAACUACAGUACUGCUUCAUCUCACUCUGGUGGUGCCCCUCCUCCGUCGGCCUUUUCAGAAUCCUUUCCCAGCUCAGUAACUGGUUAUGGAGACAUUUACCUCAACACUGGCCCCAUGCUAUUUAGUGGAGAUAAAGACCAUAGGUUUGAAUACAGCCACGGCCCAAUCCCGGUUCUGGGGAGCAGCAGUGACGCUUCCGCAGGGCCAGAGAGUACGCACUCUUUGCCUGCAAAGAUGCACAACUAUAGCUACGGAAGUAAUUUACAGGAAAAUCCCGGUGGCAUCAGCCACAUGCAUGGACAGACUUGGACUUCUCCUGCCCAAGGACCCGGCUAUUCCCAAGGGUACAGGGGACACAUUAGCACAUCUGCAGUGAGAGGGCGAGGCAGAGGAUUACCAUAUUGAGUAUCUGUUUUUCCUCAGGCACAUCAUUUUUAUCUGGAAAAACUUUUUUUUUUCCCUAGCUGCAGUUUAAAGCGGCAAUUCAACAGACUUGAAUAAUGUUAAUUCAACAGCUUUAUUUUUAUGUGGAAAAGGGUCUUGCAUACAGUAGGAAAAAUUAAAAAUGCUUAAAACUCAUGCUGUCUGAAAACUAGAUAAAUUGAUUGUACAUGUUCACAAACUCUAGUUCUGAAUUUUAUUUUGUAUUUUGGCAGUUUUAAGUGGAUGCUAAAUUUAGGGACAUCAGCUUUUUAUGGCACUCUUUCAGAUCUUCUGAACUAUGCACAUUUGUGCUUUUUUUGUAAGUUUGGACCAACUUUUGUGUAAAAAAAAAAAAGAAAAAUUUUACAACAAUCAAAGCAGGGCACUGAUUUAUUUGGUAAUUUUCUUUUUACAGAACUACCUUUAGUCAAAGGUCACUGUCAGUCUUUGCACUGCUUUCAGUGUUAUUGUGGAAGGUGUACUUUGUGCUCAUUUCAGAUAAUAAAACACAACCUUUCUCUUGAUGCAAAA